AUGAUGUGGAAGGACCGACUCCAUAGAAGGGCCUAUUUUCCCUCCUUGCCUGUCAGAAUGGCAGAUGGCGACUUGGCCUCCUUGUCCGACGCUGUUCUGUGUAAAUGGUCCGAUCCGGCGCCCCGUGUUCUCAGGACGAUGCCACAUGCAGCGGCAGAGAAUGCCCUGGAGUGUGUCGUGGCCAAGAUGCUGAUGGGUGUGGGUAGUCGACGUACAUGUACCCGCCCCACAUUUGAUUCCUUGGUUGUUGUUGUUGUUAUCACAUCGCCUGUUUCUGCUUGAUUCAAGUCAUCUAUCUCGGGCCUUCCGGGUGCAAGCAGGCAAGAGCAGACUUUUCAGACGAAUGGAAAGGCAUGCAAGCCUGAUAGGUGUUUACGAUGCCGAAGAGACAAUAGAAGCAAAAUUGGGCAAUGUUGCUGCAGAAAACGAAAAGAACAAAUCCAAUGAGAGGCCGUCAACCUGUGCUCCCCCCCCCUUUUUUUCCCCUGGCAACCUGGAAGCUGGACACGGGACAGGCGCAUCUCGCAACCUCGUGUGAGAGCUCUCUAUUCUCGGGAUGAUCCGGAGAACCUAGGGGGUAAGCCACCUGGAUAAGCUGAAAGGACUAAAGAUUUCAAGGAGAAAAUUUAGGCUCUAGGCAACGGUGCACUUGCCCACCCCUCUCCGAAGAGGGAAGCACAAGAUACGGUCUUUGUGUGAGGGUGUCUUUUGCAAGGGAGGUUGAAAGAAAGUCCACUAAACUGAACAGAAAGAAUGCAGGCAGCGACUCCGCUGGGGGCGCUUUCUGGCUCUUUUGGGCUGACAGCUGGGCUGUGAUACGCUGCCCGCAAUGUGCCAAUGGAACAUGG